CUGAGGAGAGACGUCAUCUUACGGAAUUUCAGAGCUGUGCCGACUCGUUAAGACGAAUAAGGAUUUAAAAUUCAUAUUAAAAAUCCAUUUUGGAUGUUUUUCCAAGUCAUUCUAAGUUAAUACAAACAGGUUUUGGCUGAGGAGGUGCAGGGAGAGGUUAACGUAACACCAUGCUGUCCAUGAAUUGUGCGGACUCCUGGCCCGAUGGCUCUGUGGGGCUGGAGGAAGAGGUGGUGACCGCUGCUGCUCAGGCUGAGGAUCUGGACGGAAGCUCUUCAGCUUAUAACAGCAGCAGCAAUUCAGACAAUCUGGACGACAGCCUGACCAGCCUACAGUGGCUGCAGGAGUUCUCUAUCAUCAAUGUCAGCGGAGGGCAACAUGUGUCUACUUCCAGCCAACACCCCAACCACUUCUUUGGCCAACAGCUGAGUGCUGAAGCCCCCUCAUCUCCUCUAGCGGCCGACCCCGCCUCCAUAGGUAUGCCGCUGACCCCAGGUAAGCCCACAGCGGCUGCUUUUUGCCGGGUGCCCUCCCUGUCGGCUCUGCCCAGCUUAGUGGCACAUGGCCACUGCCCAGAUGAGGUUGACUACAAGACCAACCCUCAUAUCAAGCCACCAUACUCAUAUGCCACCCUCAUUUGCAUGGCUAUGCAGGCAAGCAAGAAAACCAAAAUCACCCUCUCCUGCAUCUAUAAAUGGAUCACUGACAACUUCUGCUAUUUUCGCCAUGCUGACCCCACUUGGCAGAAUUCGAUCCGACACAACCUCUCGCUAAACAAGUGCUUCAUAAAAGUUCCACGACAGAAGGACGAGCCAGGAAAGGGAGGUUUCUGGAAGAUUGACCCCCAGUAUGCCGAGCGCCUUCUCAGCGGGGCCUAUAAAAAGCGGAGGAUGCCUCCAGUACAGAUUAACCCAGCUCUUCAAAACCGUCUCAGGAUGAACUCGCAACCUGAUCUGAGUAUGCCAACAAGUGUCACUGGAGGUCUCUGUGUUAGCCCUGAGUCCCAGCAACUCCUGAAAGAAUUCGAGGAAGCCACUGGAGUUGACCAGAACUGGGACCCUCGCCUAGCUGAAGCCACAAUGUUUGGUUGUUGGGGCUCAGGAAAGGGCCACAAGAGAAAACAGCCGUAUGGACACCGGACUGGUGGUAACAAAGCCUUGCGCCGCUCCAGCUCCCCGCUCCUGGCCACGGAAGAACCGACGGAUCUAGACUCCCUCAAGAGCAAUUUUGACUGGGAUGCCCUACUUGAUUCAGCCCUGAAUGGGGAACUGAGCCUGAAUGAAGGUAGUCCGUUGAGCCCAAUACCAAGAGAGGAGGACCUCACCAUACACGGUGUCCACAUCAGCCCCCUGGAGGCCCCUGCUGGUACUGCAGAGAGCAGUGUGUUAAUAGAAACACAAAUGAGCAACAAUGUAGACUUUGACAAGGAGACAUUCUUAGCCACAGAAUUUUUACAGAGUCCGUGGGCAGAGGACGAAGCAGGGGACCGUCCCGACUUCCUCUGCAGUUCCACCGUUAAUCUAGAUCAGCUGUUUGAUCUGGGAGACUCACUUGGAGUUGACAUGAACUGCAAAAUUGAAUCUCUUCUUUGAAGAGAUCAUCAGUUGCUCUUGAGGUACUUCAUUUCCAACCAAACCCAGGAAAUGUUAGAAGGAACAAAGAGGAUUGAGACUGUUUUAUCCCAAAGAACUUUUCAUCACAAAGAGAGCAUUUUAAGCUUGUGGCUUUUCCUUAUUUUGAUUUUUAUGAUUAUGUUUUUAUAUUUGGCAAACUGAGUUGUCUUCCUUUAUUGACUUAAAAGCCACUGAUCAAAGACUGCCACAAGCAGUGGGUUCUCCUAAAACAUUCUCCAAGAUUGGACUUGCAAAGUGGACACUGACCAACUGUGGAAUUACAAAUACAGUGCAUGUAGAAGGAGAAAAAUGAGAGUCACAAGUUUGUGUUUGUUUACAGUUUAGAUGCCCAUGUUAACUAAUUGCAUUUAAAAACCAAGUAAAAAUUGACUUCUUCUUAAUAUUUAAGACUGACAAAAAAGCAAGUCAAAAUGUACCAAUCAUUUACUGCAGCUGAGGCACCCGCUUGAAAAGAACAAAAUUAAAAAUGCAAAUAAACAUGGAUCACACUGAUAACGCUGGACUGCUAUUAUUAUAGUUAUCGCUGUAACAUGCUAUUACUUUAUGAAACGCCAUCACAGCAUGAAGACGGUGUUGCUAACCCUUUAAAGGCCAGCAAGUUUUAUUACAUACCACUAUAACCUAAGAAUAUCUCAGCCAGUUUGCAUUGAAGUCCAAGUAGUCACUGAAUAAUAAGCCUUAGUAUGUAAUAAGCCUGAGUUUUGAUGGGGUUAAUGUCUUAUAGUUAUGCAGAACUGCAUCCAGUUUCCAUAGUAUUGUAAAGUUAAUAUCACCCUAGUAAUUACAAAGAGUGCUCAAAGUAACACUGGAUCCAGUAUUUUAUAAUUAGCUUUGUGCUACGAUGCUUUUCAGAAACUUAUUCUUGUUCAUUUAUAUGAAGAACUGAUGUAUGAAGAAACUAUUACGCCUCAUUUUCGAAUGUUGAUAAGAACAAUACAAACCUUACUAAUUUGGACUGGUAUGGCAUUUACAUCCAGAUCAAAUAAGACACACAUACACUUUUACAGCAACUGUGCUGACAUGUUUAAAGGCCACCAAGCAAAUAAUACAUACUGGCAUUGAAACUGUACAUGUUCAAUAACAUCUGUAAGAAUCCCAUCCUAGAGGAUAGAGUAAUUACUUUAUAAUGUGUAAAAGUGCCAAACAUAUCUGG